AUGAAAUCAGAAAGCGACCCGCUCUCCUCGUCAGAGUUUGAGUUCUCUUCGAACGAGUCAUUCCUCACAGAAGAGUCCUGCUGUUUGUCGCCCUCUCUCGACGAUCUCCCGGAUGAAUUGUUGAUGAAGAUUUUGAGUUAUAUCCACCCUCUCAGUAAGACCUUUGCCCAACUGCGAGGAACGUCAAAACGAUUGUAUGAUGUCCUGCAAACGUCAAGUUUGUACAAGACAUCAUCGAUCGAUCUCUCAGGCAACCGCCCCUUCGACUUCGACACCCUCCUGUCGACCACCUCUCGAUCAGCCAAAUCCGUCACCGAACUCAACCUCUCACACUCCGAUGACGUCACCGAUUAUGUCAUAUUUCAGUUAGCAAAGGUAUGCAAUGGGCUGAGGGCACUGGACGUGAGUUACUGUCAGUUGCUUACAAACUGUGGUCUUCGGGUUCUUGCGAACAUCGUCAGACUGUUCAAGGUGGACAUCAGCGGAUGUCCCAACAUCACAUCUCGUGGGGUCUAUCUCUUUGUCAAAUUGAGUGGCGACUCACUUGAAGAACUUAGCAUGAACUUCUGCCUGGGUCUGAGGAAUGAUCCACAUAGACUGCCUGACAUGUCCAUUCAUGGGUGCAAACUGAAGCGACUUGAGAUGGUCUGGGAGAAGAGUCUAGUUGCGAUCAAUCCUCUGAGAUCUGUCGAUCUAGACAGAUUAACAGAGCACCUGCGGACCUUACAGUAUCUGGACAUCAGCCAAAGCCGAUGUGGUGAUGCCGACAUUGAAGCCAUUGUAAUGAACUGUUCCUUGCUGCUCACACUCAAGCUUCGUAACUGCUCCCUCCACGAUCGUGGAUUAAAACACAUUGGUAGAUGGUUACCAAUUCUUCAACACCUCGACAUCGCCGACAACCACGAUAUCACUGACCGCGGACUGGAGUUUAUCGCUUGCGGCUGUGACCAAUACCUCGAGCACGUGGACGUGUCACGGUGUUUCGACAUCCACGGCCCUGGUCUCAACAUCCUGGCGAGUGCCUGCCACUCGCUCCACACCGUGAUCGCAAGAGAAUGUUUCGACAUGACAUCGAACACGAUCACCUACAUCUCACUGCACUGCACGAACGUCCGACAUCUCGACGUCUCCUUCAAUCUCUGUGUCACCGAUGGAACGCUGUCGAGCAUCGCGCAUGACCACCGCAGGCCUGAUGAGGAGCUAGAGGUGGUCACGGAAGGAUGUCCCCAUGUCCUUGGUCAUCGAUUUCGAGGCAGUGUCGAAUCAUGUGAUCGACGUCGCUUUCGGUUUGUCGAUUGGGAAGCAAAGGGAAAUGAUGAGUUUGUCAUCUGGGAGACUAAUGUUUGA